CUUUUUUUACUUUUAUUUGAUAUUUGCAUAUUCACAUGGGCGGUGCAGCAGUUGAAGAAGGCGGCAUUAAUGAUGAUGCUUUUGGUGUUAAUUUUAAGAUAACUUCUAAUGGUGAAGGGCAACAGGAAAGGGAGUGUGGGAGAGAAGUUAAACCAAUAUCCAUGCUUCGUACCUUUAAGAGAAGUAGUAAAACACUUGCUAGUGGUUUUAAAUUGAAGCUGCUCACCUUCAUCGGCAAUUUCUGCAGUUAUGAUGAUGGAACUCCUGUAAACAUUGCCGCUGCUCAACCAAAAGCUAUAGGAAUCUCAGGAUCCUCCAAGAAUAAUUAUGCUGAAAGCAAUGUGGUUUCACCAUUCAACAAAAUGAAGUUGGCUCAAUCAAGCUCAAAGCCAUCAUCCAAUCAAGGAUGGCAGGUAACCAUGGAGGAUGCUAUGAGUAAUGAAUUAGAUCUUUUGUGCCCUCAAAGAGCUUAAGCAUCUAGAUGUAGCCUAACUGAGAUUAUGUAAACAUUAGAUGGCUUAAGUGUUCAGUCUCUAACAUUUGACUGAAUUAUUACAAGCAGGGCAGAUGCUAAUUGGAAGCAAUAAUACAUAAAAACCAAGAUGAAAGACUGGGAAGUUUCAAUUGAUUUGGUUUCCAGUUGUUUCAUUUGAUUGGGGAUUUAUGAUGUAGGUGUGAAGAAAUGGGGAAGAGGAAGAUGCAAGUCUUGUAGAGGCAUAUAGACGAAUGUGUUCUUCAUCAAAUGGACACUUAAGUCCUGAGUGUAGACAGUAAUUAUGUUGAGGAAGCAAAACCUCUGCUUCCGAAAAUAAGGUGAGGUACUAUGUCUUGAAUUCUUGUCAAUUGAUUAAAUUAGUUCUAGAUUCUGUUUCUAGCUUAAAUUAUAUAAGUUAGGUGGACCUAGUUCUUUUGAUCUUG